CCUGAGGUUGCUAUCUAACCGUCAGAACAACAUCUGCACCUUCUGCAGGCACCGCUGGCAGGCAAGGGAGCAGUGCUUGAACCCAAACCUUGGCAAAGUUGCUAAGAGGGCUUCAGCCCACGGCUAACCACAGAAGAGCAACGUUUCCAUCCAUUCUGUAUGAACAGAACAGAAUCUACCAGCCCGGGCUUUCCCACCACGGGCCUGUUCGUGGACUUGUGGGGUGUUGCGCACACUGUGUGUUAGGCGAAAUGGGAACUGCCGUGCCGGAAGUGGAGUGCUUCUGAUACUGCUAAUUAAGGAAUGUGGAACCCUUCCUUUCUGAGUCAGCACCGAGUUCAAGACUUAGUGACUUUUGUAGGGGUCUUUCCAGAUUUUCUGCAUUCACAAAGGUCCCCGACCUUCCUCACAUUGACUCUGAAGUGUUCACCUUCAAGAACACCUCAGAACACCGCUAUCCUGUGAGCUCCUCAAGCCAGUGGCAAGAUUUUGGAAGUCCCUUGCCUUCAUAUCUCCCAGAUCAGCGUCUUGCUCAACUGAGCCACUCACCCAGUGGAGAUGGACAGGACUGUUGCCCUCAUGCUGACUCACAUCUGAAUCGCAGCCCAGGGCAGCCUGGAUGCCUUGUCUGUGCGAACACCCGUCUCCAUCACUGAGCUUCCCAAGCUCUGGGAUACACACGGCCCUCUGAACUUAGAGGUGCUCUAAUUUUGAAGCCCAGGGCUCCCAAGAGGUUUGAGUGGUGAUAUCUCACAAGUGGCCUUAUUCUAACUCUAGAGAUCCUCAGCAGACCAGCUGGAUUGUCCAUCCUGUCAGACCCUGAAGUGGCUGGCAGCAUGCCGACGCAGUCCCUCCUCGUGUACAUGGACGGGCCGGAAGUCCUUGGCAGCUCUCUAGGUACCCAGAUGGAGGUGGAUGAUGCUGUGCCCACAAAAGGGCCGGCUGUAGUCCCCUUCCGAGCUGCGCAGGAGAAGAGCACGGCCGCAGCAGAGGGGCACAUGCCCCUGGAUUGCAUGUUCUGCAGCCAGGUCUUCUCUCAUGCGGAGGAUCUCAAUCAGCAUGUGCUCCUGCAGCACCGGCCCACCCUCUGUGAGCCAGCUGUUCUGCGUGUGGAGGCCGAGUACCUAAGUCCCCUUGAUAAAGGUCAGGUGCCAACAGAGCCACCGAAGGAGAAGAGUAGCAAAGACACUGAGGAGUUGAGCUGCGAUGUGUGUGGGCAGGCAUUCCCAGUGGCUUUUGAUGUUGAGAGCCACAUGAAAAAACAUAAGGACUCCUUCACGUAUGGGUGCAGCAUGUGCGGGAGGAGAUUCAAGGAGCCGUGGUUCCUGAAGAACCACAUGCGGACACACAAUGGCAAGUCUGGCACCAGGAGCAAGCUGCAGCAAGGCACGGAGAGUCCAGUCACCAUCAACGAAGUGGUUCAGGCACAUGCACCUGGGAACAUCUCCACUCCCUACAAGAUCUGCAUGGUCUGUGGCUUCCUCUUCCCAAAUAAGCAGAGCCUCAUUGAGCACAGCAAGGUUCAUGCCAAAGAAACUGUCCCCAGUGCCAGCAACACAGCCCCUGAUGCCCACCCAGAGGAACCCAUAUCCCCGAAGGAGGAGCUGCUGCAGUUUUUGAACUUGAGACCCAGAUCAGCUGCAGACAGUACAGGGAAGCCUGGGGCCUGCAUACCUCAGCUUGACCCCUUCACCACCUACCAGGCCUGGCAGUUGGCUACCAAAGGAAAAGUGGCCGUUGCCCAAGAAGAGGUGAAAGAGUCAGGCCAAGAAGGAAGCACGGACAAUGAUGAUUCAUGUUCAGAAAAAGAGGAGCUAGGAGAAAUAUGGGUUGGGGGUAAGGCCGAAGGUUCUGGAAAGUCCAAAACAAAUAGAAGCAGUUGUCCAGGUCUCUCACAAGACAAAGAGAAGUCUAGACAUACUAAUACUGAAGUGCCUUCUGGGGAUGGUGAUUCCAAGUUGCCCAGUAGCAAGGAGAAGCCCACACACUGUUCUGAGUGCAGUAAAGCCUUCAGGACAUACCACCAGCUGGUCCUGCAUUCGAGGGUGCACAGGAAGGACAGGAGGGCUGACGCCCUAUCACCCACCAUGGCUGUGGAUGCAAGGCAGCCUGGGACCUGCUCUCCAGACCUCGGCACCCCUCUGGAAGACAGUGGGGCCGGGGACCGAGAAGGGGGCUCUGAAGAUGGGUCUGAGGAUGGGCUCCCUGAAGGGCUCCAUUUGGAUAAAAAUGAUGAUGGAGGAAAAGCAAAGCCCCUCCCGUCCUCGAGAGAGUGUAGUUACUGUGGGAAGUUUUUCCGUUCAAACUAUUACCUCAAUAUUCAUCUCAGAACGCAUACAGGUGAAAAACCAUACAAAUGUGAAUUCUGUGAGUAUGCUGCAGCCCAGAAGACAUCUCUGAGGUACCACUUGGAGAGACACCACAAAGACAAGCAGCCGGUGGAUGCUGCCACUGAGUCCAAAAGUGAAGGCCGGAGCCAGGAGCCACAGAGCGCGCUACUAACGGCCGACAGCGCGCAGACCAAAAAUUUAAAGAGAUUUCUUGAUGGUGCCAAAGAUGUUAAGGGAAGCCCACCUGCCAAGCAGCUUAAGGAGAUGCCCUCUGUCUCUCAGAGUGUUCUCUCACCAGCACACAACAAUGAUACUCAGGAUUUCCAUAAAAAUGCAGCUGAAAGUGCCGAGAAAGUGCGAAAGAGCCCUGCCCCUUAUCUGGACAUGCAGAAAAGGAAAGCUGGGGAGCCUCGGGCCAGCAGCCCCGCCUGCAAAUCGGAGGGCGUUGGGCCCUUAGCAGGGGAAGCUGGCCACAGGGAGAAGACGGGUCGGGAGGCUGACUGCAGACAUAAGCCAGGUGCUGGCUGCCAGGACAGGCCUUUGAAUCUAUCCCUUGGAGCCCUCCAUACCUGCCCUGCAAUCUCUUUGAGCAAGUGUCUCAUCCCCAGCAUUGCCUGCCCCUUUUGUACCUUUAAGACCUUUUAUCCGGAAGUCCUUAUGAUGCACCAGAGACUUGAGCACCGGUUCAGCUCUGACACGCACAAGGCCAUCAGCAGUAAGUCUGUGCUGAGGAACAGGCGCACAGGGUGCCCUCCUGCUCUGCUGGGAAAGGAUGUACCUCCCUUGCCCGGCCUGCACAAGCCCAAGCCCAAGCCCAAGACUGCCUUCUCCUCACAGCCUAAGUCCCUGCACCCAGAGAAGGCUCGGCAGGGCACCUCGGGGCAGAGCAAAGCUCCCCAGACUCCAGGACCGGACAACAGCACUUUAGCCCCAAGUAAUCUGAAGUCGCACAAGUCACAGCCCAGUGCCGGAGGCUCCAGUGCCACCAGGCAGCAGCAGUCAGAACUGUUUCCCAAAGGUGGUGUCCCUGCUGCUCUGGAUAAGGUGAAAAGACCUGAGCCAAAACUGAAGGCCCUGCCCGCUCCCCCAUCUCAGGCCCCCCUCAGCAGUAGCAAUAGCAACGGUUCUAUUGAGUAUCCCAUGAAGGUUGAUGGCCCGUGGGCACAGCAAGGAAGAGACUACUACUGCCAUCGGAAUGCUGGCAGUGCCACAGCAGAGUACAGUGAGCCACAUCCCAAAAGACUCAAGUCCGGUGGGGUGUCCCUGGACACAGAGCAUCCUGGGCCCAAUGGCAGAAGGGGCUUUGAGCUCCCCAAGUACCAUGUGGUCAGGAGCAUCACUUCCUUGUUACCACCAGAGUAUGUGUGCCCACCACCUGUGCUGCCCCCCAAAGCCCGUUUCCUGAGCCCUGGGGAGGUGGAGUCGCCCAGUGUGUUGACUGUACAGAAGCCCUACAGUGCCUCUGGAUCCCUGUAUACCUGUGGACCUGUGGGACACACAGGAGCCAGCCCAGCCCUUGAAGGAAAGAGGCCUGUGUCAUAUCAGCACCUAUCUAACAGCAUGCUGCAAAAGAGAAGCUAUGAGAAUUUUAUUGGAAAUACACAUUAUCGACCAAAUGACAAAAAAUCUUGAGUCUGAUUCCUGGGGAAAAGGUCCCUGGAUGCAAGUGCAUACUUUGCCCGGAAUCCCGUUGGUCCAUCGUGAGAGCACACGGUGAUAGCUACUGAACAAGCUGUGACUGAAUUGUACAUAGACCUGAGAGGAGCAGAGAAGGAACACUACAUUCUCUAAAGUUGUUAACCUUUGUACCACAUAGCAAUAAAACUAGUGGGAGCAGUUGGCUGUGCGCCAGGGGGACUGAAAUCUAUUUUGUCCCUAAAUAUUUUUUUAAAGAAUUGACCAAAUAAGUUUUUUGCAUACUUGAGCGCUGCUGAAAAGGAAUCAUUUGGGGUGGGGUGGGGUUGGGUGGGGUUGGGUGGGGAGUAUUGUAAAGCUUGCACCUCAGGUAACUGUAAAUAUGACGUCGUCGGAAACUUGCUUAAGUUCUCUGUGUGUUUCUCUCCCUCAUGGAGCUCAGUGAUUGAGCGUUUUCUGCUUUUCCAUUUUCAUUUAAAGCGUGCUUUAAUGCAUGCACAUCCUCACUGAGUCUGUCGUCUGUCUUCCCGUGGCUGAUGGAAGGGUUGGCACUUGGGAGAUGUGCUGUGCAUCUUGAGGCCAACAGGCCCCAAGCUGGCACCUUUGACUGCACUGUUAGAGCUGGUGUGUCCAGGGUGUCCUGGAGCCCCAGUGUGCUGCCUGGGAUGGACAGCCUGGUGCUUUUGAGCGGGUGUUGCCUACAGAGAAGCUGCCUCUGUAGAGUGGUGGAUGUCCCCACUCGCCAGGCUCUGUGGGGAGGUAUCUAAGUUCUUUUCUUUUGAAAGAUUCGGUUUCUCAGAGAGUUGCCUGAGUUAGGUCUAGAUAAAUAACGCCAUAUCUCCUUGUGUGAAUUGCAUGCUUGGAAGCAAUUUUAAAGGGAGUGGAAAGUUUGGGGAAUAUUUUAGUUUGUAUUUGGAGUCUUGGUGUGUCUCGUGUUUGCGUGGACACCUUGAGUCUGGGUGAGGAACUGCUGGCCGAGUCUCCUGGGAGGAAGACACCCGUGGCUCUCCAUUGGUUGUUUUACAGGGUGAUUUCCUCAGUGCACAGGCAGCUCGGAAUGGAGGGAGGACAGCCACCAGCUAGCUCACUCAGCGUUUUAAACUUGACUUCCUUUGAUGUCUGAGUUUAUUCAACAGUUCAUGGGUUUAGCAAACCCAAAAUAUUUUAUUAAGAAACUGUUUCAAAAAUAAUAAAUUUGCACUGCUCAUUUUUCUUGCCCCACCUCUCUCAAUGGGACAAAGGGUGAAGAUCUCAAAGAACCCCAACUUGUCCCCAUCCUCACCCCCGCCCUCACUGUGGACCAUGAGGGGUCCCUGGGAGACAUCUCACCUCCUGGGUUGAGCUGUGUCUGCUCUUGUAGGAAGUGCUUGUGUAUCAGGAACAUGUACACCAGGCCCCGGUCCUGUCCCCAAGCUGAGCCAUGUGUACGUAGUCUGGACUGUUUUCUUAGGUCUGCACUUUUAUAGCCUGUUUUUGAAGAUUUGCAAGGUGAUCGGCUCCAUCUUUGCCUAAAUGCAGUGAGCGUAUAGGAAACUCGCUCUCGGAGUUAUAUACAGUAGGGGCCAAAAAUUAAACCUGUAUUAAAAAAUAAAUCACCAAAUCUAUUAGAAAACAAGUCAGUGUAUGUAAUGCUGAAAUUUGGGGGGCUUUCAAAUUUCUCAAGCUACAUUUUCUGAAUGCAUGAAAAUUCCAGGUUUUUUCUUGUUUAAGCAGCCCUUUGUGCGUCAGUGUGUUCUUGUCAUCAGUAUUAACUCUGGGAUACUACUGGCUCUGUGUGUCUCUCUCUGGGAGGCAACAGGAUGUGGGAGAAGAGGUACAUUCGGUGGAUUUUUGUUAAUGUAUUUAUUUCAUUCCAGUUUGAUUUAUUUUAAUUGUUCAUACUUAAGUUGUCAGUAGACAUGCUUUAUUUAUGAUAUUUCAGCUUAAAGUUAUGUUAUUAUAUGUGGAUGUAAAUAUAGAUUUGGUGUUUUACA